CUUGGCAUGCACUGUUCUUAGUUUUUGCUUAUACUUUUAUAUAUUUUGCUUUUUAUUUAACUGCUUCAUUUUCCUGCUAAGAAAAACAUUUAAGAAAUCACAGUGGCAUACAUCUAGACAGUAUUAGCUGAUCAGUUUGAGUUUCCUUUUUAUGCUUUGCUUAUUAUUCUUUAUCGCUGUCUGUCUGUCCAUCUGAGCCUUAGAUAUGUCCAUCGCCAGUGCUGCUGCAGAGUUUAUGUUAUCAGAUUCCCUGCUGCCCAGCAGCAAGGGUUCACGCACCAAGAGACUCCGAUUUGAGCUGCCAGCUGACCGCAUUAUUAAGUACGUGUCUGUAGGAUUACCUCUUCUCUUAGUCUCACUGGCUUUUGCUCGGGAGAUCACCAAAGGGUCACAGAUAACCUGUCUGACUCCUAGUAACUUUACACUCAAACAGACUGAGUAUAUACACACAUACUGCUGGGAUUCCCUGACACACCAUGAGCUGGAUGACCAUGGUACCAUAAACGAAAAGUCAUUAUGGAUUCAUAAGAUCUUUCCUUAUUCCCUGCUUGUAAUUGGCGUGUUAAUGUAUCUUCCGGCAUUACUGUGGGGAUAUCUUGCAGAAACCUCCCUUGGAUGUGACCUUAUUUUUCUCAUUGAUGAGCUGGACAAGUCAUAUAACAGAGCUGUCCGACUAACACAACACAUAAUGAAGAUCCGGCAAGAAUGCCCUGAUCCAGGCUCAUUUUGGAAUGAACUAGAAAAGGCACGAAGGGAAAGAUAUUUCGAGUUUCCCCUACUAGAACGCUACAUGGAAUGCAAACAGCGCACUCACUUCCUCGUCUUAUUAUAUUUCUUAAGAAAUUUCCUUCUUUUAGCUUUGAUCACAUCAACAUGUCUUUACUUAGGAUAUUUCCAUGUUCAAGUUUUUUUCCUGGAGGAGUUCAACUGCCUUGUUAAAACUGGUCUUUUAAUGGAUGACCCUAUUGUUCCUAAUUUUAUUCAGUGCAAACUGGUUUCCUUGUCUAUGUUUCAAAUAAUCAGUGUGAUAAAUGGUGUCAUCUACUUUCUUUUAGUGCCUGUUGUAAGUUAUAACCUGAUCAAAUUAUAUUACUGGGACAAACGAUUGCUGAAUGUUUAUGAGAUGUUGCCAGCCUUUGAUCUGCUGAGUAGAAAGAUGCUUGGCUGUCCAAUUAAUGAUUUAAAUGUUAUUUUGCUUUUUCUUCGUGCAAAUGUCAGUGAGAUCAAAUCUUUUAGCCGUUUAAAUGUGCUGUAUACCUUGAAGGACACAAACUCUGUCAGACACCAUAUUGACACUAUAGUGGACUUUAUGACGAUUCUGGCUGGUGUGGAGGUCACUAAACCUAAAACUCUGCCUGAUGCUGAACUGGGAACAGACGAAUAAUGCCUAUUGCUGACCAAGAAGAGAACAUUUAGAAAAACAAAUCAGAUGUGUAUGGUGCUGAAAGCUGAAAUGGUUGGUCCCAGUGAGUUGAAAUGGAUCAUCACUGGCAUGCAUUUGCCUUGUCUAAAAGAUAAUCACAUCUGUUUGGUAAUGAAUACAAAUAAUUUUAGCUUAAUUCAUCCUCUCUUUUCGGAGAAAGAAAUCCACUGCAAAAGUCAUCACCUCUGCCACUAUAUUAGUUCAUGCUUGAGUAUUUAAACUUGAGUCACAGUAACAAUGAAAUGCAAAUUACUCAGUCUCCAAGGCAGAAAAAAAACUAGCUUUAUACCCUCUACAGUCAGUACUGCAAGUGUGGUCUUUUACAUUUCUAUCAACAGUAUUUCAAAAAUGUUUAAUGUGGCUUUAUGAGGAAUAUAGGUUAUGUUCAUUUA